AUGGACGAGGAAGAGAUGAAUUUCAUAAAGGAAUAUAAUUAAAACUACAUUUUUAGGACAGAUAAAGUAGUGUAGGCUCCACUAUUAUUUGAUACAUUAUUAGAAUAGAGGGCAUUUGAAAUUAAGUCAUCUGACGAUGUCGUAUUUGAUAUGAUGAUAGCUGCUAGAAGCUCCAAUUUAAUGACUAUACUUGAGUUUGAAGAGAUCAGUAAGUAAAACAAUGAUCUGGAGGCAGAAUAAUCAAAGAAUGUGAAAUUCAACUAACUUUGCCUUAGAAAGUCAUUUUUUGCCAAUUUUCUUAGGAUGUACUUUGAAUAAGCUAUAAAGGCGAAUCCCAACAAUUAUUUAAUGAGACUACAGUAUGCUUACUAUGCUUUAGUUCAUUUAAGAAACAUGUAUCUGUGUAUUAACAUAUUAAGAGAUCUUGAUUUCAGCAAGCUCAGCUGGCAUGAUAAAGUAAAUCUUAAAGUAAACGAAAUAGCCUUGAUUCAAGAACUUGAAAAUCUGCAAAGUUAAUCCCAAGAAUACCAAAACGGAUAUAGCAUGACAUCAAUGGGCAUAAUAAGCACAAUAAAUAAAAAACAGAUAAUCAAUAAAAACUAGUAGGACUUGAAUAUUAGUCCAGAGCAUUUCAUCAACAUAUCACUCCUUUAUGACAAAUUUAAUCACUUUUCAACAGUUUUGAACCAAAAUAUAAUCGACUUUUGGAAGCUCAUAGAUGACAAGGACUUUUAGCUUAAUUCAUUGUUAAGUUAACAAAGAGAAUUAUCCAAUUCUAUCUCGUUGCUUCAUGAAGUAUUUGAAAACAUUGAAAGUGUGAGUAAGAAAAAGGAUCCAAAGAUAUACUACUAUUAUGCACUACUGCAGAAGCAACUGCUAAAUGAUGAUUAAGCAUGCGAAAAUAUGCUUCAUAAGUAUAAGAGUAUAAGGAAUAUCUAAAGAGUGUUAUAAUCUAAUUACAGAAUUACUAUUCCUGAUAAUGAUAUGGCCAUGAUUGUGUGUAUGGGUGGUAUUUAAAACUUUGGAAAAUUGCUAAUUUGCAACCAGAUGGUAAAGAAAAUAACAGGAUUCGAUAACCUGGACUUAAGACAUUAGACAAUAGAAAUGUUCAUGCCGCCUUAAAUAAGAGAAGCUCACAAGGAAUUUUUAGAUGAAUUUAAUAAGAGUGGAUAGAAUAGUAUACUCUCGAAAAAUACAAAUGUUUUUAUGAUGAAUAAGAACGAAACUUGCUAGUUAGUUAACUAGACUAUUCGGUAUCACUAUUCUCAAGAAUAUGAUCACUGUUUUGUCGCUUUCAUUUAGAAAAUAGAUGAUCUCCAAAUCUGGAAUAGUUCCUAAAUGGGCAGAAAGCUAAACAAAAUUAUGUUUUUACUUGCUGAUAAUAUUGAUGGGAAGAUUUUUGCUUUUAGUAAGACAUGCACUAAAUAUCUUGGGAUCAAGAAUAGUUUUUUGAAAGGACAAGAUGUAAUAUGCAAAACAAAUAAUUUUACUUUGAAUGACAUUUGCCCUAUGAUUGAUCUGAAUAUGGUUAGCAAAUCUCAAAUCGCAUCUGAAGAUUCACCUCAAUAGUGCAGAGUAUUUGAAGGCUAAUUUGACUUAGACAUUAGUUACCUGCCUAGCUAGGUGAUCAGGGAGAAGAAAUUAGGAUAUUUGAGAGAUAAGCCAGUAAAAUUCAAGUUGAUUAAGGAGAGCUACUUUGAUUCUAAACUAGAGAUUAAUAUCUUAGCUUUGCAAUUCAUCGAGAAUAUGCCGACAGUAAAUGGAAUAACUAUAUCAUUAAAUGAUGUUAUGAUGACUUAAGCAUUGCCUCAAUCAAAAAACUAAAUAAGUGAUAAAGACAACGAAGAUGAAGAGGAAUAGUCAUCCUCCUCAAGUAAUGAUGGUUAAAAAAGCCAAGAAUUUAUUAAAAGCAAAUUUAUGAGAGAUUUUAAAACAACUCCAUAGCUUUUAAAAAUUGCUGUCCAGCUCAUCAUAUUCGUUUUUAUGGCGAUGAUUUGUAUUAGCUCAGUGAACUUCUAUUUGGCUAAAGUAAGAAAUACUCAAUUAGAACAUGAACUUGACAUAUUACAUGAAUCUUUUAAAAGAAGUGAGUUAACAAUCAAAUGCAAGGUUUCACUCUAAAGUAUGCUACUGCAGGUUAAUGGCUAUGAAAUAUAAACUUCUAAAAUUGUAGAUAACAAAUAUGAGUCAAUGCAGUAACUUUUAUUUAAUAGCUAAGAAGAUUUGAGAAAUAUGCAAAGCAAACUAGAAAGUGAAUAGUUUGACUACUCAAUAGACUUCAAUCACUUUUUAAAUUCUGAAAUUCUCCCUUUGGAGUAUCUGAAUGAAGAUUUUACAAUAACUUAGAAGAAUUAGACAAUGACGAUAGGCAUUAACAUUUUAGUUACUAGACUAUUAGAAGUUUACAACUUUAACAAAUCCUAAUUAAAGGGUAAUUUGAGUAUCUAGACCUUAUAGCCAGCAAAAGCUCCCUAUAAGCCCUCAUUUUAUGAGAGAACUAUUCAUUUCGCUUCAUACAAUAGUAUUAAAUCUAUAAGAAAGAUUAGUUUAGAUCUGAGUCAGAGAUAUAUAGAUGACAUAAAAAAUCAUUCAAAUAAUAGUUAGUUUAUGACAGAGAUGACCUUAAUUGGCUCAAUCUGUGCCAUAGUCAUUGUGGGAUUUAUAGUCACGCCCAUUUUGACAAAAAUUUAAGAUAAGCAGUUUAUUUCAAUAGGAUUCUUCUUCAGUUUGAAACGAGAACAUAUUUGUCUUAUGUAAAAGCAGGCAAGUGAUUUCUAUGAAUAGUUGGAAACUUACAUCAGAAAUGAUAAAAAAGUCUAAAAUGAGGACGAUGAAGACGAAAUUUAAUAGCAAAACAUGAGUAGACAAUAACUUUUCGGAGCUUCCCUGGUAUCACAUCAGGAUAUUAACUUAAAUAUUUCCAAAGAUAACACCUCAUUAUAUAUGGCUAACGAUACGACUUAUAUAAACAAUAAUUAUGCUCGCCAAAGCCUAUCAAAAUCAGAUAUAGACGAUAGAAGUGAAGUUUCCAAAAUCGAAGGUCCAAAAAGUCCUCAUACUUAUUAGAAAUUCUAAUUGGAGUAAUCAGGAAGAUUUUUACUUGGAAAAAUAAAGGAGAAGAGUAUGCUAUCAGAAAGUGAUCUCUAGAGUAGAUUGCCAGAGGAAAACAGCCAGAAGAUAUCUCAACAAAUUAUUGAAUCUGAUAAGAGCUAAGAGGAACAAGAAGCAAUAGAUAAAAUGAAAAUUUAAUAGAUAAAAUCUACUAAGUUGAAGCGGAAAUUCAAGGUGUUCUUAAUUUGCCUUUUCUUUAUAGUUAUCUUCUCUUUGUAUUUCAUUGGAACAUACAUAAUGCAACUAAGAAUAUACUCCAACAUAACAGAUGUUGUAAGCAGUUUAAAGAUAAUAUAUCAAAAAAGCUUUUGCCCUGAAACUGUCUAUACACUAAUCAAGGAAUCUCAAAUUAAAAAUACCACAAAAAUAUUUCCCGAUGAGAAUAUAGAACUUAUAAACUAACAGAUUUUGACAUGCUACUAGUAUGAACAGGAAUAUGGAUUUCUUAGGGUGAAGCUUCCUGACCCUUUCAAAAGCAUUGAGAGUUAUAUUUAAGAUUUGGAAUCAGAUUAGCUAUGUACUAUUGAAUUUUCUGAUCCAAAAGAAAGGCUCAAUUGCUAGACUGCAAACAAUGGGAUAUUGAUGAAAGGGUUGUCAAACACGGCAUAAUAUAUUUUAUCUCAUUUCUAGUAAAUAAAUCUCAAAAUGAGUGAGAUACACAGAAAUGAGACUUAUCUUAAGAAGCUAUUACUAAAUGAAAUGACUUCAGAACUAAUGAUGAUGAAAUUGAAUAUUAUUGAGAAAGUGCUAUAAAAUUUCUACCUAAAGUCAAUAUAUGCCGCAGAUACCUACUUUAGAUAACUAAUAAACCAGUACUUAAUUAUAUUUGUGCUGUUCCUCAGCUUUCUUUUCUUUAUCGUGACAGUUUUCUUUACAAAAGUUUAUAAAUCCAUGCGCUUAUAUCUGUGGCAAAUCAACAUGUCCCUAAAGAUUCUUCCAAUUUAAAAAUUACCAUAGGAAGCAAUAAAUGAUUUAAAAGUAUUCCUAUCAAUUAAGGAAUGA